CUCGUAAAUAAUAGCAGCUGGAAGCACAAAUAACUCACAUUCGAAAUCAGGCAGCUCGACACCCAAGACAUGAAAGCGGCUACAAUAAUAAUUGCAAUUAUCCUCCUCCUGCCGACUAGCCAGCAAAGCUCCGCAGGUAUGGAACGCAAAGUGCUCUCGUACAAUCCCACCUAUGAGUUUUGGUUCUUUAUGCCGACUGGCAGGCCGGAUGACGUGCCUCAAACCGUGAAGGAUGUCUAUUGGAAAACCAAAUCGGUCUGCUACACCGAUUUUUGGUUUCACUGCGAAAGUGGCAAGGCAAUUGUUUAAAUCGAUUAUUUGUUGUUAAAAAAGAUGACACUGAAUGUGUGUAAUGUGUUUGCGGAUAAGCAUUGUAAUAUAAACAAUAGUAUUGUGGCGGAUAUUUGAUUCGUGAAUAAUAAGUUAUAAAAAUUAUGUAAUCAACGAA